AUGGAGAAGCUAGACGAAAUCCUCGACGCCUGCGUAGCAGAGGGGGCUAAGACAACGAAGGAUGAGCUCCUCGGCGCGGCCUUCGUCGUCGUAAACAAGGACGGAAUAAUCUACCAAGGCUCAGCAGGGCGCACAGCCCCACCCCGAGACUCGCCCAGGUUCUCACCAUCAUCCUUCACCUGGGUCGCGUCCAUGACCAAGCUCGCCACGGCCGCGGCCGCGAUGCAGCUCGUGGAGCGCGGGCAAGUCGGGCUGGACGACGACGUGCGGCCCCUGGUGCCGGCGCUGGGCCGGCUCCCCGUGCUCCGCGGCUUCGUGGGCGCGGACAUACCCUUCCUCGAGGACAACACCGCGCCCAUCACGCUGCGGCACCUCCUCACGCACACGGCCGGGCUCGGGUACGCGGGCGGGGACCCGGACUACGCGCGGUGGGCCAGGCACGCCGGCCGCGCGCCCGGCGAGGAGCUCCGCGGCACCGUGGGCGCGUGGGAGGUGCCGCUCAAGUUCCCGCCGGGGGGCGGGUGGUACUACGGCACCGCGGUCGACUGGGCCGGGCAGGUCGUCGAGAGCGUCUCGGGCAGGGCGCUUGGGGGCUACAUGGCGGAGAACCUCUUCGGGCCGCUGGGCAUGGGGGACUCCACGUUCCGGAGGGACGCGCUGCCUCACGUGCGGGACAGGACCGUGCCGUCGUCGCGGCGGGACGCCGGCACGGGGGAGCUGGCUGCUGGGGAGGACCCGUUCCCCGCGCUCAAGGACGGGGACGUCGAGAGCGGCGGCGGCGGGCUGUACACCACGGCUGCGGACUACGCGAAGCUGCUCCAGGCCCUGCUGGGGUCUCUGGCUGGCGGCGAAGAGGGUGCGCUCCUGAAGAAGGCGACCGUGGAGGAGAUGGUGAGACCGCAGCUGACGGAGGAGCAGAGGCGGUGGCUGAAGUUCCUGACGGAUUCGUUCCACGACGGCCUGGUGCCCGACUUCAGCAAGGGCAUGGCGUUGGAUCAUGGCAUUAGCGGUGUCAUCAACAUGGAAGACGAGCCUGGCAAGAGGAAGAAGGGCAGCAUGAUGUGGGCAGGGCUCUGCAACGGGCACUGGUUCAUCGACCCAGUGUCCGGAAUUGCGGCGACCUUGUUCACCAACAUCCUGCCACAUCCGGACGCCGCCGUGUCAAGAGUGUGGGACGAGCUGGAGCGGGCAGUCUACGGCGACUUGCUGCCAUCUCUUGGGCUGUGA